AUGGCUCGUAGUCGAAGUCGUAGUGGGUCGCGUUCUCCUGUUCGUUCUCGUCGUCAUAGCGGCUCUUCGUCGUCCUCUCGUCGUGAUCGACACGUUUCUUCAUCUCGUCGUCGUAGUCGCAGUCGGAGUCGACGUCGAAAAGAGCCUUUAGCGUCAACAGAUGAGAAAAUUGGCGAACUUUCGCUCAGUAUCGAAGAAACGAAUCAAUUGCGUGUUUCUUUAGGUCUUAAACCACUUUCUCUUGGUAGUUCCAAGAAGGAAAAAGCAGUCGUUAAUGUACAGAAAACAAGCGCUCAACUCGACGCGCAACGGGAGCAACAGGAGCUCAAACGGAAGCUCGAGCAGUCCAAGACAAGACGAGAGUUAACGCAGAAAUUAGCAGGAAAAUCACUUGGCGAACAGCUAAAACACGACUUGGAAGGACAAAAAAAUCGUGUCCAGACGAGCCAUGCUGCUCUCGAGUGGGUGAAGCGGUCAAGGACCAAGAUAAAGACGGAAGAAGAGAAGGAGAAGAAGGAGAAGGAGAAAGAGUAUGACGCUGCUGCGUUGGCAGGCAUGACAGUGGGGCAUUCAUUGGAUACUUUUGAAGACGGACAAGAGGUUGUUUUGACGCUGAAAGACGCGAGAGUUUUAGGAAAAGACGGCAAGGAGUUGAAUGAAGAAGAGGAUGAGCUUGUGAACGUUGAAAUGAGUGAAAGAGAUCGACGCUCAGUACAACAAUUAAGAGCUAAAAGAGCGACCAUGCCGGUGUAUACCGGAUAUGAUGAUGAUGAAUUUGUUGAGAUGGGGAGUUCGAGGAAGAUGAAGAAAAGUGGGUCCAAGUUGUUGGCGCAGUAUGAUGAAGAUCAGGAUGCGGAGGAUGCUGAAGCAGCGAGGAAGUUUCAGUUGGAUGCAUCGGGAGGCUCGGUUGUGUUACAAGAGAGUAAAGUGGAGGAAGGAGACGACAACGUGGCGGUGAUUUCAUUGGCAAUGAAUAGAAUCAAGCGGGCUGAUGAUUACUACACGAAGGAAGAACUGGAUGCUCAAUUUGCGCAACACAAGAAAAGCAAGAAGUUGCGCAAAAAGAAGAAAACGAAAUCUCGUCGUCGUCAUGAUGAAGAUCUUGGCGACAAUGAUACUUUUGAGGCGCAAGCGGGAAAUAAAAAUGGUGGCGAAGCUGCGUCUCUGGUUGCCCAGCUGGAGCAAGAGGCUCUACAGGCCGGUGCGUCGGCGUCCAAAGACCGCGGAAAGCGCAAACGCAACCGUCAUGAUGAUGAAGACCCUGAUGAGGAAAUCAAUCUUCUUCGGUUUCAGGAAGCACGAGAAAAGGCAAGUGUUGUGGCAUCAGAGGCACUGGCUGCCAAUGUCAGUAGGAAGCGGGUGAAAAGGAGACCGUUUGACGAUAGCGAGAUUAUGGAUUAUGCUGCUGCGAUAGAUAUGGAGCUCAGUGCUUCGUUAGCUCGUGCUCGGCAAGUGGCACAUCAACAAAAUCAAGAUCAGAUGCCAGUAGUUCCGACGACGAGCGAGGACCGGAUCACGCAGCUGGUGAAUCAAGCUAUGAGCAACGAGAAAGAUGUGACCUCAACAGUUGCCACAAACAGCGGCGGAGACGUCACAAUGGAUAAUUGCGCUAGCUCCCGAAGCGAGCCUGUAGGUCACGUGUUCGGUGAAGCUGGCACUACAUCAAACGAAGUGGUAUUUAACGAGGCUACAGACUUCGAGACGCGGCUGCGCGACGCCAUGGAGAAGCGUGCAGCUCAGUUCCAGGCUAAACCUGUAGGUGGUACAGUGCAUGUCUCGUCCAUGACUAAGAAACUUUAUGGUGAAGAGCGCAAACAGGAAGACAACGAAGAAAUUGUCGAAGAGAUGAAAGCUGAGGAUAAAAGUGAGGACGAAGAGGCUAAAGAGGAUGAGGUUUGGGGCGAGGAGCAGCAUUUGGUUGGAACAGGAAUGGGCGCAACCCUGGCGCUACUGCGCAAGACUGGGGAAUUACGUCAGACCCGUGUUGAACGGCAGGCUGGUCGUGCUAAUGAUGCACGUAAUCACAGCUUUGAGGACGAUCUGCGUAUAAAAAACGGCGUAAAGCUGGAUUACCGCGAUGAGUUUGGCCGCUUACUUACCAAAAAGGAGGCUUUUCGCAUGUUGUCGUACAAAUUCCAUGGCCAAGAACCGGGAAAGAAGAAGAAGGAGAAGCGACUGAAGCAGCUCAAGGAGGAGCUAGAAGCACAGAAACUGCUUUCCGGGGAAGGUAGUACGAAGAUGAUGAAGGUGCUCGAGAAGAAGCAAAAACACACGAAAGAAGCGCAUGUUGUGUUGUCGAGUGGAGUAUAG